AUGGGUUUUUCCUUCGUCUUCUCCUCCUCUGCUACAAGCUCUGAUCUCACUCAGGACAAGCAAAGCAAACGCAGGCAACAAAAGAAACCGCACGACAACAGCAGCAACAAUGAGGCCAAUGGCAAUAGGGACACUGGUGGCAGCAGCAGGUAUCUGGGUGUGAGGCGCCGGCCAUGGGGACGGUAUGCAGCCGAAAUACGCGCCCCGGCGACCAAGGAGCGGCACUGGUUGGGUACCUUCGACACGGCAGAGGAAGCGGCCGUGGCGUAUGACUGCGCCGCUCGCACCCUGCGCGGCGCCGGUGCCCGCACCAACUUCGCCUACCCCGACCUCCCGCCGGGCUCCUCAGUCACUCCCUUCCUCUCACCGGACCUCCAACCCCCGCCCUCCACCUUCCUUUACCCCCCUCCACCGGCCCCCGCACCGCAGGAGCCCGUCCAUCGCACGACUACCUUUGCCUCUCUCGGAACUCACGACGGCUACAAUUCUUUCGCAAGUAGCUCGUCCAACAACGACGGCGCAGCUCAUUACUAUUACCAACAGCAGCCGGAGGGCGGUUUCCAAUACACAAACGCAAUGCAUCCCCCGUCUCAGCCGGUGGUUCCAGCGGGGCCAUCAGCAUGGGAGACCAGUGUUAUCCCGGCUGCUGAGGAUCUCCCGACAGAGCUAGGGGCAGCGGGAUCAGCAGCGUGGUGCGACGCCGGGGAGUUCAACGGAUACGACUCCCCGACCGCGCACGGGAUCCUCUUCGAUGAAGGCUACGUGCACAGCCCCCUGUUCGGGCCAAUGCCGGCGGUUGACGACGUCGCCUCCGACAGCUUCCAGCUCGGCAGCUCCUCUUACUACUACUAUUGA